UUAGACAAGAGGCAGAGACCCAGGGAGAGGGUAGCCGGCUCUUUAGAACCGCUGUUAAGAGUGACCCUGGGCCACUUCUCCAGGAAACUCCGAUUGGAGAGACGUUUCCACAAAGUGUGCGCUCAGCGUUCACAAAGACUGCAGCACUCAGCUUAGGACCUAGUUGCUUCUGUCCACGGUUGUCCAUUGUUAACCCGUUAGAAGUCAUGCCAUUCCCAACCUAUGUUGUUCAGUUCAACAAAUAACGACUAAACGCAUUCUCGAUUCCUGGCGUCUCAUUGAGUGCCUUGGGACUGGGGAAUAAAGCCCGUUUCUGACUUACGGGACGUAUAGUUUCUAAUUACUAAGACAAGGGAUAAGGAAGCAGAAAGCACAAAGAACUAUAAGAGACUGAGGAAUGUAGUGAUUAAGAACCAGUUCUGAAAUGUCUGCGAUCCUGGAUCCACUACUUGCCAGGGGUGAUCGUGACCUUGUCUCUGGGGAGGACCAAAGGACAGUGACUCUUUUCUCACCAUGAGCGUCACCCCGGAGGUCAAGAGUCGUGGGAUGAAGUUUGCUGAGGAGCAGCUGCUAAAGCAUGGAUGGAGUCAUGGCAAAGGCCUGGGCCGGAAGGAGAACGGCAUCACCCAGGCCCUCAGGGUGACGCUGAAGCAGGACACUCAUGGGGUGGGCCAUGACCCUGCCAAGGAGUUCACAAACCACUGGUGGAGUGAGCUCUUCAACAAGACUGCAGCCAACUUGGUGGUGGAAACUAGGCAGGAUGGAGUACAGAUAAGGCACCUUUCUAAGGAGACCAUCCGUCAUAAACAUCCCAAGCCCAACUUGCUGUAUCAGAAGUUUGUGAAGACGACCACACUGACUCCAGGUGGGGAGAAGCCAGACAAGGACGUGGAGAGCUACAGUGAUGAUGACAACCAGGGGCCCAGGCCUCCAAAGAUUCUGACCGAUGAGAUGCUGCUCCAAGCCUGUGAGGGGCGAACUGCACACAAGGCUGCCCGUCUGGGGAUCACAAUGAAGGCUAAGCUUGCUCGGUUGGAGGCCCAGGAGCAGGCCUUCCUGGCUCAUCUCAAAGGCCAGGACCCUGGGACCCCUCAACUGCAGUCUGAGAGCAGGCCCCACCAAAAAAAGAAAAAGAAAAAGAAGAAUAGGAAGCAGGAAGAGGAAGCAGCAGCAACUGAAAGGAAUGCAGAAGAGACCCCAGAGCAUACCAACCGGAGCACCAGGAAGAGGAAGAAAGGACGGCAUCAGGAAGAAAAGGCUGCAGGUGAGAGAGAGGAAACAGCAUCGGGGAGUGAGGCAGGAGAGGCCCCAGGAACAAGUGGGCUCGGGGAACCGAAGAGCAGAGAACAAAUUGAUCGGUUCUUCAGGAAAAGGACGCGGCAGCAGCAUGAGGAGGCGGUGGCAGUGAGGACCUCAGGGAGAGGAGGAGCGGAGGCUGUAGGUGGGGUCAGGGCAGGGGAGGUAGAGAGCAGAGCAUACACUGACCCACGCAACAGAAGCAGGAAGAGGCGGCAGCCUGAGGACGACAUGAACAUACAGGAGGAAGCAGGCGAGGAGGCUGUUGUAGACGGUGGGACCAGGGAAGCAGAGAGCAGAGCAUGCAGUGACAGGAAAAGCAAGAGCAAGAGGAGACAGCAGCAUCAAGAGGAAGAGGAUGCCUUGGGUGCAAGGGAUGAAGGAGAUGAGGAGGUGGGCAGGACUAAGGAAGCAGAGCUCAGAGCACACACUGGCUUAAGCAGCAGAGGUAAGAAGAGGCAGCAGCAGCUAGGGGAAAGAGCUGGAGUUGGCACUGACCAGAGAGCCGAGAAGAGACGGAAGAGAGACUGAAGGUGUCAGGGUGGGGCUCGAUCAGUUCCUUUUUAGGAGCUGAAGCCGGAGACCUGUGUCAGUGCAGGUCUUCUGCACCCUCUCAGGUGAGGAGUGCCUCCCAAGGAGGAAGCGGAGCUCUGAACCCUAGUCUCCUGAGAGGAUAGCCGUAGCACCGUGCCUUAGCUGAGGGAACGGGUGCGGUGGUCUCCUUCACAGCUUCGGACCCAGAGACCACGAACUCCAGUGCCUGUAGGAGCCAGACAGCCACAGACAGAGUGCUGGGGACUGUGGGAACAGGAAUGCAGAAACCCUUUGAAGAGGCAUCCUUGCUGUAAGCUGAAAACGGAUGCUUAUGUGAAAGUACAGAUUUCUAGGUAUUGUGAAGGCUAAGGAAAACAUACAAAUUUAGAUCUAAGGACUGAAUUCCCACAGGUUGCCAGUCUGUAAUACUAUACCAAACGAUUAAAUAAAUACCAACUUUGGCUCCUA